UCAGAGCACACAUCAUUGGCUGCUUUGGAAGGGAGUAUUGUUUCAGGGAGUAACUUGACACUCUUGAGUUUUUGCCCUUGUGUAAGAUCCACAACUAGUCAGGAUCCCUCAUUCUGAGCAGCAGAUGUUUUCAACAUCUUUUCUGUGAUGAAUGUGCUGAAUCUGUGAAGACUCCCUGACACAUUCUCCGUCAAGGAAUAACAACAACUGACCGCAAACAAGGAGGAUUAUCAUGAUCGCUUUGUUGUUACUGGUCUCGCUGUUCUGCAAGAGCACACAGGAUGGAAACGGACAAGAAAAUGGUUUUUUGCAUUGUGGACCUCAGAAUCUGAAUCUUACCAGCUCUGACCAGACGAUCCUGGUAACAUGGGAGGACGACCCUUCGUGUUCUGCAGUACAUGACAGGCUGAUCUAUGAACUUGUGGUUCUCAUGGCAGACAAGCAAGUACAUUCUGAUGAAGUUAUUGUGAUGCCGGAUCAGAUAGGAUCUACUCACUUCUGGAACUGGACGUCCCAUUUGGCCCUGGAAUGUGUUUCCCACUCAGUCAGGCUCAGUUCCCAAUACAAAAACUAUAAAAGCCCAUGGGAACGAGAGCAGACUCUUCCAGGAAAAGAAAACUUAAAAAAACCAGAGGUUUAUCCACGGGACAAAGUGUUUAAGGUUGGCAGCAAAGCCACCUUCUGCUGUGUUCUGCCAGCAGGGCAAACUUUUAAAAGAAUGUACUUGAAUGGGUAUAGUGACACUAAUGCGAGCACUACCAAGAUCAGCAAUCGGACCUAUGCCUGGACUGUCCACCUGAACCAGCCAUCAACUCGCAGUUGCAAUGAUGUUAUUUGUGAAGCUCUCGACCAGCACGCCGGUAAGACGGAUGGUGGGGCUUGUGCUACUAUUGACUACCCACCUGGUGAUAAGGAUCUUCAGUGCGAAACCCGGGACCUGGAAUCAGUCAAAUGUCAUUGGACAGUAGGCAGAAAGGCAGACCUGCUCCCCCUAAAAAAAAUACAUUAUGAGCUUCUUGGAAGUCCAUGUGCAAAUGGAUCUCAGGGGAUAUGCUCACAAAACGUGAAAGUGAAUGUUGGCGAGAAAAACUGGACAUUAACUGCAGAAAAUAAGGUUGGGAAGGUGGAGCUCACAGACACAGCAGAUCUCACUAAAAGAGUGCACAUGUGUGCUCCAGAGGGACUGACAGCUCCAUCUGUGAAUGCCAGGAAUAUCAGCUUGGAGUGGGUUUUGCCUGUGCAACAGUACAAAAAUCUCAAUAUAAGAUGCCAAGUAAACGUUAGCUAUGGUCGAACAAAUACCAUGAGUGAACCCUUUGGAGUUGGCCUUAGUUUUGCAGUUUUGACCGACUUGAUACCAAACUGGAUGUACAAUGUGACCGUACGAUGUGCAACAGCGCAAGAUUUCUGGAAAUGGAGUGACUGGAGCACGAGAUUUAGCUUCCACACAAAGGGAGAUGUUCCAGAUGCUCUUGAUGUGUGGAUGCACAGGAAGGAUAAUCAGAUUCUAAUCUUUUGGAAAAAGCCACUGGAUAACCAAAGCCAUGGACACAUCCUACAUUAUACAGUGACCUGGGCAAAGACCACAGAGACAAAACACAAAAACAGAACCCAAGUGGCUUCCAACGAGCACCACCUUGAACUAAGCCUGGACACCACUGAAGAGCUUAUUGUCACGGUGACAGCUAGCAAUCUGAAUGGCAGCUCAUCCCCAUCAGCUAUCACCAUCCCCCGCUUCACUCCAGACACAACCAGAGUGAACACUUCCCGGAUUGUUGGCAGUAAUGGCAGCUUCAGAUUGUCCUGGUCUGCCAGUCCUUCAGCAAGCUGUGGCUACAUAGUGGACUGGUGUCCCAUCUCAGAUCAUUGGAGCAUGGAGUGGCUGAAAGUGCCUCCAUAUGAAACUAGUGCCAGUAUAUUUUCAAAGAACUUGAAAGAUGGAGUGAGAAACAAUUUGUCCAUAUACGCCUGCACUCAGGGUGCUCCACUGCUGCUAGAAAAAAGAGAGGGCUACGUCAGGGAGAAAAGAAUCCAGGAUGUCUUUAAAUCACCGGAUUGGAACCAGCAGAGUUCAAAUGUUGAGGUAUCCUGGGCUCCGAUAUCUCUAACAGAACAGACUGCUUUCAUCAAUGGCUACAUUCUCUACUGGUCAGGCAACAACGACAAAGUCUUCAAUGUGAGCACAGAGGUUCUGCCAAAGCUGAUCUGUUUGAUCACCUUCCUCACCUCACUCAGAGUUGGGGACAAUCCCAAGGCCACCAGCCUCACAACAAAAAACCUGGAAAUCGGUUCCUAUAAUUUCACACUAAAGGCACUGACUGCAGUGGGAGAGUGUGGGGCUAUAUACUACUCUACCACCUUUAAUUCACCAACUGAUAACUUGAUCAAGGCAAUCCUCAUUUCCCUGGUCACUGUUUUUAGUCUCCUUUCCCUCAUCAUGUUCUUUUGCUACAGACACUGGGCAUGCAUCAAACAAAAGGUGUAUCCUCCAAUCCCAAAUCCUCUGUUGACGGACAAGUGGUGGUCAUCACUGAGUGAACAAGGUUGUCGUCCUCUUGGGGUGCAUCAGUGUCACUACAGUGAAGCGGAUAUCAUGGAUGUUCCACAGCUGUAUUCUCAAUCAGGAGCACCAGUGAAUGGUUACGUCAGCCACGAAAACAUGCCUUUUGUUUUUGCUCAAACUCCAAAGGGUUACUACAACCAGCCCCUGAAAAAGUGCACCCCACCACCUCUCAUUUUACCUCCUGCAGGGAUCCCAUCUCAGUCAGGGUUACCAUCUACUUCAUUCAGAGGCAUGUUUCCUAACCCGUCAUAUAACCUGAUGAUGCAGAAUGGGGAUCAGCAGUCCAACCCAGGGCCUGAGCCUCAGGAGCGGACAUGUUUAGAGAGAGACUCCAGUGGAUACCAGCCACAGAGUCACUCAGAAACCUUCACCCUAAACACAGCGGAAGAUGACCCGGACAGUCCUAUGUCCUGUGUCUCCACUUACAUUUUGUUACCAUAAUCACCUUCCAAGUAGUUGUUGCAUGCACGUGUAGUGUGUCACAACUUAUAACUGCCAGAAAAUUGCAAUUUAACAUGUUACUUAAAGUGUACGCAAUUAUUUAAAGUGUAGUUUUGUUUCCGAACCACUGAUAAAGUAGCAUACACUGUGACCUAUAACUUGACUGCUGUGGUUUUGCUCUCGCACUUUGGAUAUUGAAUGCAUUAUGAUUCCUCUACAAAUCAAAAUGAUAAAUCCAUGCCACUGUCUAAUGGCAUACUUUGUAAAUCCAUUUGCUGCUUGUGUUCAGUAAUUGUGAAAUCCACACAGGGUUGCGUGCAGGAAGCUGUUGCUUUCUGGUAAACUUGACUCACAGUGGUCAGAUCAGAUGUGGUACUUGCAACCAGAAUAUUUAGAUUCUUGGAAAAUGACCAACAGUAAAACUGAUAGUGAAGUGAAAACACAAAGUAGGUUUACUUUAAGUUUUACUUUGUUGACACUGAUCAGCUGAAAAAGACCCGUCAAAGUGAUCCUGUGUAACUUGAGCUGAACAGUGGCUGCUGUGGCCACAAGUGAAAUUUGCAGGAUAACAAAAAAUGCUCACACACAAGAAAAGCUCAAGAGGCAAACUGACAGUAACAGUAAUCCAGUAAUGUUAGCUACACAGCAGUAUUUACCAAAAGUUUGUGGUAUUAGCUAACAUUAACCACAAUCUACUGGUCAUACCAGACCAGAUCAGGCCGGAGGAGCAAAACCCCUGAGUUUGGCAAACUGUACAAGACUGCAUUUUGUUUUUCAUGAGUUUCAUAACUUUUCCUUUAUAAGAAAAUGACUACAUCAUUUCCUCUGUCAGAACUUGUGUUGCUUUAAUGUCUUGACAAAGUGAACUAAAUGUAUUACAUAUAUAAAAUACAAGUAGAUGCAUGGUUGGCACUGAUUAAAACCUUGAUUCUGGGUGGAUACAUCACUUUGCACACCUUGACAUUCUACUGCAAUGUCAGUGUGAAUGUCAAGGCAAUUUCAAUAUACAGCAAAUGAUGGAGGCAAGAUCCUCAGUCCUAUUUCUUUCUUAUUGUCCUUCCACUCUUGAGACAGUAACUGCAACUCAACAGGGAAAUGCUCAAAAAGGCUACUUUAAAUCUACUUAGAUGUUGUGAAACAAACAGAAAAACUUUGCAGACAAAGUACUUCAGAUGACAUGGGCCACGUGGGAGCAUUUUGAUCCAUGUAUGCUUUGCUUUUUAAAAAAAAAAAAAAAAAAAAGCUAUAUUGUCUGACUGAAAUAUAUCUUGUAUUGCCACACUGGAUCAUGACUGACUGAUGCUGUUUUGCUCUUUUUUUUUAAUCAUCCAUUCUCUCCAGUAAAAUCUCUGCUUCAUUAAUCCUCCCACUUUCCCACCAGAAUGUUCUCACUGAUCAACUGCAGGUUUUUGGGUCUGUCUGCUUUCUUUAAUAAACAUGUUUAUAUUUAUUACUGAGACAAUUUCACUUUAUUCCGAGAGAAACAGACACUUGAAUGUCAAUUAACAUUUAUCGUUUGGAAAUGACAAACCUGAUUGUUGUUGGCAGUUUCUUUAGUGAGCACCAGAGGGCGCCAGCACUAUGUAACUGAAGACAUGAUUCUGUAGUUAAAGUGAACAGUCGAGUGCUGUACUAAUGUUCAGUUUUACCUGCUUUUUUUUUUUUUUUUUUUACCCAUUUUAUGCUACAUUGUAAUUGUGGGGACAAUACAAUCAAAUGCAAUACAAUAUCAAAGAUUAAACCAGGUUCCCAACAUUUUGGUUGGUUUAUUUAUGAUUAUGCCCUGCAGGAAAAAAAAAACAAAACUAUGACUUGUUCAUAAUUCCACCAAA